AUGUUUUUGGCCUUCAAAACGGUCAAGGUUGCACAUUCACCUCCAAUGCAUUCUUCAUCCAAGGAUAUGCGAUCUCAAAUUCUCGCUGAUAGUUUUUGGGAAAGAAGCCCCCAGAAGCUCAUGCCAUUUCUUGUCCACAAAAACUUGCAAAAAUGGGCCUCAAAUCCGCUAUGUUUGGGUCCUCAAAUCCGCAAUUUUGAACAAGGAUAUGUUCGAGUCCAACAUCAGACGAACUUCCCCCUCUCACCAACUUCGCCGAACUGGGCACAAAAACUUUGUGAAUCGAAGCCAGGCGAUGGUUCGGUGUUUGUGUGCAAGACCCGCGUGUCCAUCAUUCGUGGAUGGGCGAGAUUGUGCGGCAGGAGGAAGGUUCAGGAAUUGAGAAACAUUGGACUCCGUGAUCCGAUUUCUGGGGCAAAGGACCUCUCUUGGCUCGAUUUCCGUAAUUCACGCACCCUUCACUUCCUCAACAUUGAUCCUCUUACAGCCGUCUCACACGCCUCGCUAUCAUCAAACACGCAAUACGCAACAUGCGGCGUGAAGAACUGGGACCAACUUCUCGAUUUCAAGACUGGAGCGGAGCUGCAGCUAUGCAAGCAAGAUCCUCGCGUGAAUUUUAUAUCUACAGAAGUUCGCCGGUUGUUCCCCGACUCUUACACCACAACGAAAUGCGGGGUGCAAUUGACGCGGUGGUCAUAG